CUGUGGAGGGGAACUUCUUUUCAUGUUUGAUUCAGCAGUGUGAGGAGAGAGUUAGGGCUGUGUUCAAAAAGUGCCAUCAUAUGUCAGUUGUCCUUUUUUUUUUAAACAAGGAUCUUCUAGUCUUUACCUUUUGGCGUAUUAGCUCCUCAACACAGGAAAACAGUGGGAAAGAAGGCUUUCAACCCAUAAUUAGAAGCUUUAAGAUCCCCUCCCGCCAUGCUGCCGGCUCAGGAGGCCGCCAAAAUCUACCACACCAACUAUGUGCGUAACAGCCGGGCGAUGGGCGUGCUGUGGCAGGUCUUCACCGUCACCUUCGCGGUCAUCACCGUGGUGGUUUUCAUCCAGCCGUACUGGAUCGGGGACAGCGUGAACACCCCGCAGGCCGGUUACUUCGGCCUUUUCCACUACUGCAUCGGGAACGCGCUCACAUCGGAGCUCACGUGCAAAGGGAGCGCGCUGGACUUCGGCUCCAUCCCGUCCGGAGCUUUUAAAACGGCCAUGUUCUUCGUGGGGAUCUCCAUGCUGCUGGUGGUGGGCAGCAUUGUCUGCUUCAGCCUCUUCUUCUUCUUCAACGCGGGCAGCGUCUACAAGAUCUGCGCCUGGAUGCAGCUGGCCUCCAGCACCUGCAUGGUGAUCGGCUGUAUGAUCUAUCCUGACGGCUGGGACUCGGACGAGGUGAAGCGCAUGUGUGGCCAACGGACCGACAAAUACACCCUGGGCAACUGCACGGUGCGCUGGGCCUACAUCCUGGCCAUCAUCAGCAUCAUGGACUCGCUCAUCCUCUCCUUCCUGGCCUUCAGCCUGGGCAGCCGACAAGACAAGCUGCUGCCCGAGGACUUCCAGGUGGAGGGGAAAGAUAAUGCUUAGCCCCCAUGUGGACAACAAGAGCAAUGACGGACAAGACUUGGAGGUGAACUUGUCUUCAGGGAUUCAAAGGGUUUUUUAAGGUUUUGAUAAUUAACGAUUGUAAAUUACAAUCUAAACAUGUUUUUUUACAAGGGGCUCCUUCUGAUUGGGAGUCUUAGGACCACUGUUUUUAGGUCCUAGUUACUUUGGAGAGAUACAUUUAAUCAACUCUUACUGUAACUAGCGUUUGUGACAUAAACCAGAAAACUUUAUUUCUUUUGCACUGUUCCAACAGCAUUCACCUGAAUAUGUAUUUAUAAACGAGGGUUCAUCAUUUGACAUUCUAACCAAUAUUGUGAUGUAUUUAAGGAGUGAUCAGUUCUCAAAAUAAACAUUUUUAGAUCACGAGUGUUCAUGUUUCAA